CUGCUCUUAUCAGUAGCAGUCAAGUUGUUUCGUGUUGCCUUUGUUUUCGUCGGAGCUCCAACCGUCGAUCAACUAUGGCUUUGAAGUCUUUUGUUGAAGUUAAAUCGGACUCACACUUCUCCAUACAUAACCUUCCCUACGGUAUUUUCAAGCAUGCUGGAGGUUCUAUUACUACCUCAAGGCCUGGAGUUGCAAUCGGAGAUUACGUUCUCGAUCUCUCCGAAAUUCAUUCUGCUGGUUUGUUUGACGGUCCAUUACUUUCCAAUUCCGAUUGCUUUCAUCAGUCAAAUCUUAACAAAUUUCUGGAACUAGGAAAACCAGCAUGGAAGGAAGCUCGUGCUACACUGCAAAAGCUAUUAUCAUCUGCUGAACCAUCUUUACAAAAGAAUGCGAGUUUGAGGGAGAAGGCACUUUUGCCUAUGGUUCAGGUAGAAAUGCUUCUUCCUGUUGCUAUAGGGGACUACACAGACUUCUUUUCGUCCAUGCAUCAUGCUAAGAAUUGUGGGACCAUAUUUAGGGGGCCAGAGAACCCAAUUAAUCCCAACUGGUACCAUCUCCCCAUUGCAUAUCAUGGAAGAGCAUCAUCUAUUGUAAUAUCCGGCACUGAUAUUGUUAGACCAAGAGGUCAAGGUUAUCCAACCGGCAACUCUCCACCGUACUUUGGACCUUCACGGAAGCUGGACUUUGAGCUAGAAAUGGCUGCUGUAGUUGGACCAGGAAAUGACCUAGGAAAGCCUAUUGAUGUCAAUGAGGCUGCAGAUCACAUUUUUGGAGUCGUGCUGUUGAAUGACUGGAGUGCAAGAGAUAUUCAGGCGUGGGAGUAUGUACCUCUUGGUCCUUUUCUUGGGAAAAGUUUUGGGACUACAAUAUCCCCUUGGAUUGUGACUCUAGAUGCUCUAGAACCAUUCGCUUGUGAUGCUCCCAAUCAGAUCCCUAAGCCCCUGCCAUAUCUUGCAGAAAAUAUAUCCAAGAACUAUGAUAUUUCUUUGGAGGUUCGGGUUAAACCGGCUGGAGAGGAGGAUUCAUUUACCGUCACAAGGAGCAACUUCAACCACUUGUACUGGACACUUACCCAACAACUCACACACCAUACUAUCAAUGGUUGUAAUUUGAGGCCAGGAGAUCUCCUUGGAACCGGAACAAUCAGUGGACCUGAACCUGAAUCCUAUGGAUGCUUGCUAGAGUUAACAUGGAAUGGAACAAAAGAGUUGCCUUUAGGUAAGACAACUCGUAGAUUCUUGGAAGAUGGAGAUGAAGUUAUUUUCAGUGGUUGCUGCAAGGGAAAUGGUUACAAUGUUGGAUUUGGUACAUGCUCGGGGAAAAUCGUACCAUCUUCGCCAUAAUUAGCAGCUUGUUUCACCCAUCAGUCUAGGGUUACGAGUAUUCUUGUCCAAAGCAGAGUGUAAGUGAUAACUUGGAAGCUUUUACGACCCCAUGGAGAAGGUAGAAGAUUUCUAUGUAUGUAGUAUUCAACUACAGAACCAUGCUAUCUUCCACGGUCAGAUGUGAAUUGCAAUCUAUUUGGUAAAUAUGUUUCUACCAGUAUGGUAUUUUGGAUUACGGAAAUUAGUUCUGAGCAGGUGGUGUAGGGGUGUUUUGCUUUGAUAUUAUUGAUGCAUCUCCUAUAAACCAUUGAUAGCUUGUUGCUAUUUGAAAAGUUUACCGAAAGCUUAUUAUGGAUGGGUCCAAUCGACUCCU